GCGGAAUACACUUGUUAUUGACCUUGACAUCUGUAUUACUGUAUUUUGAUUCUUGCGUUUCGAGUUUUAGGCUGCAUAUUUCCCAUAUAUUCAGCUUGACGCCUUCGUGUUUCCAGCACUCAAAGAAGAAACUAUUGCAUAUUGAAGUUCAUUAUGUGGAAAUCCCUGACUUUCUCGCUAUCAUCAGCCUUCAGUCUCGUUCGUUGCGCUUCAACUGCAGCGGAAUCAGCUCCACUUAUGAAGACCUUUUCCAUUUACAGAUGGAACCCAGAUAAACGUGGCGAAAAACCCACUAUGCAAAAUUAUCAAGUCGAUCUUAAUGAUUGCGGACCCAUGGUCUUGGAUGCUUUAAUCAAGAUAAAGAAUGAACAGGAUCCUACUCUGACAUUUCGACGUUCUUGCCGUGAGGGCAUAUGUGGUUCUUGUGCAAUGAAUAUAGAGGGUCGUAAUCACCUUGCCUGUAUAUGGGAAAUAGAUCCAGAUGUUAGCAAGACAACUAAAAUAUAUCCAUUGCCUCAUAUGUACGUAAUUAAGGAUCUAAUUCCAGAUAUGAAUAAUUUUUAUGCUCAGUACCGUUUUAUUGAGCCUUAUUUAAAGAAAAAGAAUGUAUCUGAAGAAGAUAUUGGGAAAAAGACUUAUUAUCAGUCAGUGGAAGACAGAGCAAAGUUAGAUGGGCUUUAUGAAUGCAUUUUGUGUGCCUGUUGUUCUACUUCGUGUCCAUCUUAUUGGUGGAAUGGUGAUAAGUAUUUGGGUCCCGCUGUCCUACUUCAGGCUUACAGAUGGUUAGUCGAUUCACGUGAUGAUUAUACGUAUGAACGUUUGGCUGAGUUCCAAAACAAGUGGUCACUUUAUCGAUGUCAUACUAUUAUGAAUUGCACAGAAACUUGCCCAAAAUUCUACUUUAAAAAUUACUUGGACAUUUUCUUGAAACGGUUACAUUUCUCUGAAAACAGAUUUCAACUGUUAGCAUACCAUCACUCCUCGUAUUCACAGUCUUGUCUUGUUGACAUCGCAAUUCCAUAUUGUGUGCAUGUUUUAUAAUACUUGAACCAAUGUUCAACAACAGAUCAAUUCAGUCGUGUGUAAUCUACUUGGGGUUUUUCUACUGAUGAUGAUGAUUUGGUUUUUGUAAUCGAUAGUAAAAGAUCCUUCCCCAAGAACGAAGAUAUUAGCAAAAUCUGACUUUUCCUCCACUUAAUAUUUGACAACUGAUCACACUUUCGGAAAUAACUUUGUAGUAUUUCGGUCUUUUUACUCAAGUACCUUUUAUUAAAGUUUUCAUUGUCAUUUUGGAGCAAACAAUUUUAUUUAUUAUUUUAUUUGAACACAUAAAUAUUGGUACAAGGGGGCACCAGAUAUAUACGCGCCGAUUGGAGCAAAUUAACUUAGACAAUGACGUAUCGUUAGCUUGCAAGUGUUCGUUCAUAUAUCACUCGGAAAAUUUUAGGUUAGCUAUACUUAAAGCGGUAAGCGAUCGCUGGAGAUGCAGUAUCAUGAACAGUACAGUAUGAUCCGUGGACGUCGAUAACGUGUGACAGUAACAAGACUGACUAUGUCGCUACGGGGAUAGUGACAAUAGCAUAUGAAGGACAAGUUCUGUAUGCUUGACAUGAUCAACUAGCUUGUGAGGACAUUAUGCGAGUUGAAAAACAAAAUUUCGGCAAUCAAUUCUUGAUACGUACACUGAAGACUAUAACAUUUAAAUUAACAAGGAUCAUGACUGGCUGUGACCAAUAAGUUGUAUAUGUUUCUUAGACAUCUAUAUAUACGUAUUAUCAGUUUGUAUAUAUAUAUAAAUAUUAAUGCUCCUAGGUAGUUUGUAAAUAUAUGUUAAUUUAUAUUUGUAUACAUUUUACGUGAACGUUUUUAGGGAUUGAAUCCUGGUUUGGCUAUUGGAGAGAUUAAGAAAAUGCUAAUCUAUUUCAAUCAGUAUAAACACAAGAAACCGGAGACGAGAACUGUCUAGACCAUAUAAUCUCAUUAAUCACGUAUUUUCUCAAAUUCGGUUAACUUACUGACUAUUUAUAGUGAAUCCCCAUUAAUUUUUCUCCAAUUUCUAAUUUAACUUAUAAAUACGAA